UCUAAAUUUGCAUAAAUGUCUCACAACAUAUACGACAAAGAAACUCGAAACUGGGUCAAAGGCAACUUUGCACUAAAAUCAACGAAAUCAGCUUUAUGUAAGUGUAUUGAAGACAAACUCAAUACAUUUGUAGACAGCCUUGCAUACAGAAAGCCAGAAUUGACACUAUUUCUUCAUUGUCUGAAGACCAAUAACAUAUGCAAAUUGACACAAUUAAAGAAGCCUCCGAAAACAGGGAACAAAUUAAAAUUUCAAAAGACAGAAUUUCAUUGUAAACACGACGCUUGUAUUCAACUAAUGAAGGAAUUUGUCGGCAUUCACCAGGAUCGCAAUGUAUUGAAAAACUGUUAUGUUUGGGUAGCUUAUCACACCAAUGUUCCAAAUCAAACGUCAGCUCUUGAAAGAAAAGACUUGAUAUGGCAAUUAUCAGCUUUGUACAUGCAUAUCGACAAUGGAGACGAUAGGAAAUGCAAGUCACUUGAUGAUCUUGAUAUUUCAAAAGUCAUCAAAAUAAUGAGGAAUUGUACAGAGCUAUGGCCAGACGGCAUCCUUACGCAUUUGGAUAAAGUUUUGAAUUGGAGAAAUAUAUUGAUGCAUUCCCCAGAUCUUAAAAUGGAUGACCGAAAUGUGACGAGCAUGCUUUCUGAUUCGCGAGGGCUUCUCGAAUUCCUGCAAAACCCUUCAAGAUAUAUUGACAAUGCAUUAAAAACUCUCCAGAGACUUUUAGAAAACGAAAUUUACAUUGGUAACCUACCAGAGGAAAUGAAAGAAGUUUUGAAAAAAGCAAGUAAUGCAAAAGAAAGGAUAGAACGCUUAUACCGUUCCGUUGAUUCAGGCUCAUAUAUAAAGACAGAUCUAAAAUCGGUACUUGGCCUGUUAGGCGAUAUAUGUCAAACAGAAGCAAUGCCUUUGAGCUUUGAACCACGUAAUUACAAAAUAGAAAUUGAGAUGUUCAUCGAAAGUCAGAUUCAAGCGAUAGACUCUGAUUUAGCCUCAUGUGACAUCACACCGUCUGAGAAAACCCAAUUGAAAAAUACUCGUGGAAUAAUUGAAAACGUUCAAAAGGUACUGAAUGCGGAAACUGACAAAGAAACUCUCGUCCAAUUCCAGAUAUUUUCGCAAAAGGAAAGCAUGCACAAUAUAGAAACACGGUAAACAUUUUAUAAUCAUGUAAAUACAUAUAAUCUUUAAAAUAAAUGCAACAAUCUAAAAAAAAAAGAUAAGAUAAUCGUGCAAAAAAAGAACCAAUUCAGGUUAACAAACAAUAACUAACACUUAAAGACUAGAUUGGCUGUUUAGUACUCUUACUCGUUUAUGGAUGGAAUGCAUUUUCCCAUGAUAAAAGAACUGUAACAGUAUUAUGAGGCUUUAUAGAGCAAUAACGAUAUAAUAUAUUUUUCAAGGAAAGGGGUCUGUUUA